AUAUGAAGACUUUCCUGGUACUACUGGCGCUCUCCUGUGUUGCCACAUGUUGGUGCUAUCCUCUUCAGGAUGGUCCCGGAGGACAAAAAAAUGAAGGCCCUGGAGGUCCAGAAAAUCCAGAAAGACAAGGCCCGGGAGGUCCCGAAGGUCCCGAAGGACAAGAAAGACAAGGCCCGGGAGGUCCCGAAGGUCCCGGAGGUCCCGAAGGUCCCGGAGGACAAGAAAGACAAGGCCCGGGAGGUCCCGGAGGACAACAAAGACAAGGCCCUGGAGGUCCCGGAGGACAACAAAGACAAGGCCCUGGAGGUCCCGGAGGUCCCGGAGGACAAGAAAGACAAGGCCCCGGAGGUCCCGGAGGACAACAAAGACAAGGCCCUGGAGGUCCCGAAGGUCCCGGAGGACAAGAAAGACAAGGCCCCGGAGGUCCCGGAGGUCCCGGAGGACAAGAAAGACAAGGCCCCGGAGGUCCCGGAGGACAACAAAGACAAGGCCCUGGAGGUCCCGAAGGUCCCGGAGGACAAGAAAGACAAGGCCCCGGAGGUCCCGGAGGACAAGAAAGACAAGGCCCCGGAGGUCCCGGAGGACAAGAAAGACAAGGCCCGGGAGGUCCCGGAGGACAACAAAGACAAGGCCCCGGAGGUCCCGGAGGACAACAAAGACAAGGCCCUGGAGGUCCCGAAGGUCCCGGAGGACAAGAAAGACAAGGCCCCGGAGGUCCCGGAGGACAAGAAAGACAAGGCCCGGGAGGUCCCGGAGGACAACAAAGACAAGGCCCUGGAGGUCCCGAAGGUCCCGGAGGACAAGAAAGACAAGGCCCCGGAGGUCCCGGAGGUCCCGGAGGACAAGAAAGACAAGGCCCCGGAGGUCCCGGAGGACAAGAAAGACAAGGCCCGGGAGGUCCCGGAGGACAACAAAGACAAGGCCCUGGAGGUCCCGGAGGUCCCGGAGGACAAGAAAGACAAGGCCCCGGAGGUCCCGGAGGACAAGAAAGACAAGGCCCGGGAGGUCCCGGAGGACAACAAAGACAAGGCCCUGGAGGUCCCGGAGGACAACAAAGACAAGGCCCUGGAGGUCCCGAAGGUCCCGGAGGUCCCGGAGGACAAGAAAGACAAGGCCCCGGAGGUCCCGGAGGACAAGAAAGACAAGGCCCGGGAGGUCCCGGAGGACAACAAAGACAAGGCCCUGGAGGUCCCGGAGGACAACAAAGACAAGGCCCUGGAGGUCCCGAAGGUCCCGGAGGUCCCGGAGGCCGAAGAUAGGCCAACACCUCCUCAACAAAGGAACUGACAAGAUGGCACUUCUUUGAAAUAAAACCAAUGAACACUGAAA